AUGGGAUGCGGAAAGAUAUUUUUACGUCUUAAAAAACCAUUCGACAAAUAUGAAUUUGUACAAAGCGCUUCAACUGUUAAUGCAUUUUUUACAUUUCGAAUGAAUUCACUUACACUGCCAGCUGGUUUCCUUACAUCACCAUUUUUCAAUCGUUACUAUCCAAAAGCAGCAAAUUAUGGUGCAUUAGGUACAGUGAUGGGUCAUGAAUUAACACAUGGCUUUGAUGAUGAUGGAAGUCUUUAUGAUAUGAAUGGUAAUUUGAAUAAUUGGUGGAGUAAGGAAUCGUAUAAAAACUUUAGAAAUAAAGCGCAAUGUUUCAUUGAACAAUAUGACUCAUAUAAAGUACCAAAUACGGAUUUUAAAGUAAAUGGGAAACUUACCUUAGGGAAAAUAUCGCUGACAACGGUGGCAUCAAACAAUCAUUUCGGGCAUAUAAAAAGUAUAUCGAGCAAAUCGGUCAUUCUGCCCAUAAACUGCCCGGCAUGUCAAAGUUCACCGACGAACAAAUAUUUUUCCUUUCGUUUGCACAGGUUUGGUGUGGCCAUCAAACGAAAGAAGCCCAAAUCAAGCAAGUGCUUACUAAUGAACAUAGCCCAGCCAAGUAUCGUGUCAAUGGCCCACUCUCGAAUUUACCUGAAUUUAGCCAAGCUUUCAAUUGUUCAUUUGGAAGUUUAUUAA